AUGGAGAUACGAGCAACUUCCCUGGUCAGCAUGACCGAUAUAGAAAAAAGUGUUAAAGAGUUGGUCAUGGAGAAUAAUCUAAGGCUAGUUGGCCUUUUGGCCCCUCACCAGGAUGUGAGGGAAUCAACUGCAGGGAGUGCUACCGGUGGAGAAGUUCCCGAGCAACACCAAGAUGUGUCGCAACCUCUGAGGAGGAGGACAAUGGGAGUGACCAUCAGGGAACCCUCCAGCAUCCCGCGAGCAGCUGCUGCCCCUGCCCCACUAGGAAAGGGCAAGCGGAAGGUUUCUGAGCAUCCUGAGCCUAUUCUUCAAUCUUCAGAUGAGAAUGUCAUGUCAACUGAAGAUUUGUUCGACCUGUACUGCGAACCUAAACCCGUCACUCCUUUGAGCAAGAAAAAGGGGAGUAGGCAACACCGCAGAGAAAGUAGCAAGAACUCUCCGACGAAAAAGGUUCGGACCGGGGAUCCUCCAAUGCCAGUUCCUUCCAAGGAAACAAAACCUCCUCCAGCUCCCAUCGACCAGACAUCUCCGCCAGCCCCUGUCAACCAUACACAUCCUUUAGCGCCUGUUAACCAACCUCCUCCAGCUCCUGCUGACCAGACACCUCCUGAUCAGACAGGAGAAGCUUUGACAAACAUUGUGCUUAGUUCGGCCAAAGAUAGGAUGACUAAGCUAUCAAGGCACUGA